GAUUUUAAUACAUUAAGAACAAACUUCCGAUUAACCUCUUAGUAUAGUAUACUUGUUUUCUUUCACCAUGUCACAAAAUAUGUGCUUUUUUAUGUUGAUAGCCUUCAAUAUUCUGCUGAUAGCAGAUAUAAUGCAUGCGUAUUCAGAGGAACCGUGGGUGGCAAACUAUCUGGAAGAACGAAUGUUAGAGAAAAUAAUUGAAAUAAAUUUGAACGUGCAAAGAGCGUUGGACAGAUUAGAUAAGAUUGACAAAACCAAAGAACAAGAAAAUUGCAAUAUUCACACUAUCAAUGAACAACACAGGGGCGACAUUUCCAGGUUGCAGAACUCAGGACAGCACACGCUGCUAGUCGAAGACCUAGAAAAAUACGGAUGGGAGAUGAUCUUUAGGGCCACAUCAAGUAAUGGGCAAAACGUGUUUAAAGCUUGGACAACAGGGGUCAAUACAAGUCCUGAUAAACCGACAUCAAUGGCACGAUCAUAUUCAAGCCACUACAGAAACAGUGUUGUCACAAACUGGGCCAAUAUUGGGGCAAAGUAUGUCAAGUAUGCUUUCUACAAAAACAACCAGGAAGUUGCUUAUGUCAUAUUCAACGCGACAGGAAGUGACGUAAACUCCUGGUUUGACAAAAGUCGAAUUCUAUCGUCCAGUUACACUGAUCUUACAUCUAUGAAUGUUUAUAAUUACUUCUCAAUCGCUGGGUCAUACGCGGCAGGAAACUACGAACGCCGCUUUUUCAUCAACAAAGCUUAUGGUGGAUGUGAUGUAGAUAUUGGCCACAUGGUAAUUUCGGAAGAAAUCCCUCCCUCAAAAGGUUGCUCUUGGGACAAUCAUCCAAAGUAUCCACAGUUCUUGUAUUCCGCAAUAAACUCUGUGGACGUCUGGAGCAGGGGACUGUUUGGGAGAGCCGACUACAUGGCAAUAUUUAUAAAAAGCUAAACAUAUCGCUUCAUCGAUCAAAUCUCUAUGGAUGACAAUGCUGAAUAAUAUUUUCUCUUGCUUUAUUUCUUCUAACAAACUUAGUUACUCAUAACCAAUUGUAGGAUACUACGUCAUCGCGCACCUGCAAAAUGUUCCAUAUGGGACUGUUAUUUUGUCGGCUCAAGAAAAAACAAGUAGAUCUAGAUCUAUAAGCAUUUCCAAAAAUGCUUGGAAUCGCCGUUCAGUCAUAAAUAUAGAAAUAAUAUUUCCUUUCUUGCCUAACACUUUAUUGUAUGUUGUCAACACAUAAAGCCAACAAAAAAACUUGA